UCGAUCCAAGCUGCCAUGGCCGCGGUUCUCCCGAUCUGCCUGCUUCUCGUGCUUCUCCUCGCCAUCCCGCUCAUCCUCUUCAAGUCCAGGCGCCCGGCGCCUCAUCGUGGCCCCGGUGGCAGGGCCGUGCGGCUCCCGCCAGGGCCAUGGGCGCUCCCGGUCAUCGGUCACCUGCACCAUCUCGCCGGCGCCCUUCCGCACCGUGCUCUGCGCGACCUCGCGCGGCGCCACGGCCCGCUCAUGAUGCUCCGCCUCGGCGAGCUCGACGCCGUGGUCGCGUCGUCCCCUGACGCCGCGCGCGAGAUCAUGAAGACCCACGACGCUUCCUUCGCGUCCAGGCCUCUGACGUCGAUGCAGCAGAUGGCGUACGGCGACGCCGAGGGCCUCAUCUUCGCGCCCUACGGCGACGCAUGGCGGCAGCUUCGCAAGAUAUGCACUGUCGAGAUCUUCAGCUCCCGCCGCGUCCAGUCCUUCCGCCCCGCCCGCGAGGAGGAGCUCGGUCGCCUCCUCCGCUCCGUCGCGGCGGCUUCUGCCUCGUCUUCGCCGGUGAACCUGAGCGAGCGCAUAUCGGCGUACGUCGCGGAUUCUACGGUGCGCGCCAUCGUCGGCAGCCGGUUCAAGCAGAGGGACACGUACCUGGAGAUGCUGCAAGAGGGACUCAAAAUCGUGCCCGGGAUGACCCUUCCCGACAUUUUCCCCUCCUCGCGUCUCGUGCGGCUCCUUAGCAGCGUCCCCGGCAGGAUACAGCGCCAUAGCCAAGACAUGAAGCUGUUCAUGGACACCAUCAUCCAAGAGCACCAGGAGAACAGCGGCCCCGACUGCGACGGCGACAAAGAAGAAGACUUGCUCGACGUGCUCCUGAGACUCCAAAAGGAAGGGGACUCGCAGUAUCCACUCACCACUGACAACAUCAAGACCGUCAUGCUGGACAUGUUUGGCGCCGGCAGCGAGACGUCGGCGACGACGCUGCAGUGGGCGAUGGCGGAGCUGAUACGGAACCCGCGGGUUAUGCGGAAGGCGCAAGACGAGGUCCGGCAGCAACUCGCCGGGCACGACAAGGUGAGGGAGGCCGACCUGGCAGAUCUGCGAUACCUUGGGUUUGUCAUCAAGGAGACGCUGAGGAUGCACCCGCCGGCGCCAUUGCUGCUGCCGCGUAGGUGCGGGAGCCCGUGUCAGGUUCUGGGCCUGGACGUGCCGGAGGGGGUCAUGGUGAUCGUGAACGCGUGGGCGAUCGGCAUGGACCCGGCGCACUGGGAGGCACCCGAGGAGUUCGCACCGGAGCGGUUCGAGCAGAACGGGAGGGACUUCAAGGGGGCGGACUUCGAGUUCGUGCCGUUCGGCGGCGGGAGGAGGAUAUGCCCCGGCAUGGCUUUCGGGCUGGCGCACGUGGAGCUCGCGCUCGCGGCGCUGCUGUUCCACUUCGACUGGGAGCUGCCAGGCGGGGCGGCGGCCGAGGAUCUGGACAUGACCGAGGAGUUUGGCGUCACGGCACGGCUCCGGUCUGACCUUGUCGUGGUCGCCGUGGCCACGGAGUAAACGCACUUUUGGUGAUGUGCAUCCUAUAUUUGUUUUUUUGAGGUGACCUAUAUUUGUUGAUCCUGUGCAAGUUGAUUAGCCCAUCACCGUGGCGUGAAACAAACGGUUUCACUCCGGAAAAGUAGGAUCGCACGAGGCGAUCGAAAGAGGAGCCGGUGGCGCCACCGGUUCCCCCUCUCUCUGUCGGCUGCUCCGGCGGCGGGAAGAAGAAGGAGCAUCGGGUCUGUCCGCUAGGUGGAUGUGUGGUAGGGUUAGUUUGAGGGUGACGCUGCCGAGACCGUUGCGGUGUCACGUCGGAAUAAGUUUCUCCGGGCUCCGUUCGCGGUCAGACGAGGUUUUUGCCUUCGUCUAGGAGCCAGCGGGGUGGGGGAUCCCCGAUUCUCGUCGAGGUCGCGGGCUAUGGUGGCUGGAGGUCCAUCGGCACUGGCCGUUUGGGUCCUCAGACGAGCGAUGGAUGCAGGAGACGAAGGCGCUUCUUCUUCCUUGUCGGUAUGAUUUGCUAUUUUUGUUCUUCUCCUUCCUCUGCGCUGAUGCUGGAGGGAGAUCCUGCUUUGCCCGGGCGGAUGGCCCGGCCGCGGUGCUGGACCGGUCGGAUGAUUAAAAAACUCUUCCUUUCGGAAGGGACAUUUUUCAUGGUA